CUGUGAAAAUUUCAGGGAUAUCUUUAUCUAAAAAAUCUUGGUGUAGUUUCUUCUGAAGAGCUUCCUGGAAGAUAUACCAGGAGAAAUGGUUGAACCUGUGGGUAACCAUUAUGUUAUAGCCAGACCUGUAUACUCGGAGAAUGCAUUCAAUGAAGAGCAUGAGAAAUUGCACAGAUACCAUAAAACCUUUUGGGAUCACCUGAAACUCUAUUUUAGCUGCUCUCCACAAAGGGUCAAAAAAAUUGCUUUGGGUUUGUUUCCAGUCAUUUCCUGGCUGCCAGCGUACCGCUUCAGGGAGUGGAUCCUGAGUGACAUCGUCUCUGGCAUCAACACGGGGCUCGUGGCUGUGCUGCAAGGUCUGGCUUUUGCUUUGCUGGUGAAUGUUCCCCCCAGUUAUGGACUCUAUGCAGCAUUCUUCCCUGUCCUGGUCUAUUUUAUCUUUGGCACAUCAAGACAUAUCUCAGUGGGUCCCUUCCCUGUCCUGAGCCUCAUGGUGGGAGGAGUCGUCACCAGGCUGGUUCCUGAUGACAGCACUGGAAAUGGCAAUUCCACAAAUACCUCAGCAAUAAAUGAUGAGAGGGUGAUGGUGGCUGCAUCUGUAACCUUCCUUUCUGGGAUUGUUCAGUUGCUUCUGGGAAUUUUACAGUUUGGAUUCAUCGUUAUUUAUCUAUCACAGUCAUUAAUCAGCGGUUUCACGACUGCUGCAGCUAUCCAUGUUUUGGUAUCUCAACUGAAAUUCAUGCUUCAGCUACCUGUCCCUGGAUUUAAUAAACCAUUUGGCAUUAUCUAUACUCUGGAGAGCAUUUUCAGCCAGAUCACAAAAACAAACAUUGCUGACCUUGUCACAUCACUGGUUGUCUUGCUUAUCGUGUUCGUGGUAAAAGAAAUGAACGAUCGAUACAAGGAAAAGUUACCAACACCCAUCCCGAUCGAACUCCUCGUGACAGUCUUAGCAGCACUGAUUUCCCAUUUUGUCAACUUUGAAGAAAAAUUUGAAGUAGCCAUUGUUGGAAAACUAGAGGAAGGAUUUCAAGUGCCUGUUGCACCUGAUGUAGGCAUCCUCCAGAACUGCAUUGGUGACGGCAUUUCCAUCGCAAUCGUUGGGUUUGCAGUAGCUUUCUCCGUGGCUAAAGUGUAUUCCAUCAAGCAUGACUACCCAAUAGAUGGCAACCAGGAACUAAUUGCUUUUGGGCUGGGUAAUAUAGUUGGUGGAUCAUUCAAGGGAUUUGCCUCCAGCACUGCUCUGUCAAGAUCAGGUGUGCAGGAGAGCACAGGAGGCAAAACACAGAUUGCUGGCAUUAUCUCAUCUGUCAUUGUUUUGGUUGUGAUCUUGGCCAUUGGAUUUCUCCUGGCACCAUUACAGAAGUCAGUCCUUGCAUCAUUGGCUCUUGGCAAUUUGAAAGGAAUGCUCAUGCAGUUCAAGGAAGUAGCCAUCCUCUGGAGAAAGGACAAGUAUGACUGUGUUAUAUGGGUGGUGACUUUCAUAGCUGCUGUCCUUCUAGGUCUGGACAUUGGACUAGCAACAGCUGUGGCGUUCCAGCUGCUGACAGUGGUGAUCCGCUCCCAGAUUCCAAGCUGCACUGUUUUGGCCAAUGUUGGGAGAAGUAACAUCUACAGAAACAGGAAGGAUUACACUGAUAUCUAUGAGCCAGAGGGAGUGAAGAUUUUCAGAUGCUCCUCUCCAAUCUUCUUCGCCAAUAUUGAAUUCUUCAGAGAGAAACUCAUCACUGCUGUUGGCUUCAACCCACUGAGAGUCCUGAGGAAACGCAAUAAAGCUCUGAGGAAGAUUAGGAAGAUGCUGAAGAAAGGAGAGCUGCAAGUGACACCGAAAGGCUUGAUUUGCAUGGCUAAGCCAACAUAUGAGUCAGAUGAAGAGUUAGACAACGACAAAAUAGAGGAGCUGGACCAGCCCACCAUCAUGACAGACUUGCCCAUUCGAAUCAACUGGGGCACUGACCUCCCCCCUGGCAUCACUGUGCCCCAGGUCAACCUCCACAGCAUCAUUCUGGAUUUCUCAUCAGUGUCCUUCCUUGAUUUUUCUGCCAUGACAGUCCUUCGAAAGACUUUGAAAGAAUUUGCCCGGCUUGACAUUGACCUUUACAUUGCUGGAGCACACGAAGGCCUCCUGGACAAACUGGAGAGAAGUGCAUUUUUUGAUGAAGAGAUUAAGCCAUCCAUGUUUUUCCUCACUAUUCAUGAUGCAGUUUUACACAUUUUGCUGAAGAAGGACAUAGCCAACUCCCCCAAAUUAAAGCUUGCUGAGGAGAAGGGCAGAAGCAGUGACUAUGUCAUCAUCCCCAGGAACGGACUCCGCAGCCGGGAGUGCACAAUUCCAACAGAAACAAAAUUUUAGACUUAACUUCCUAAGUAUAAUAUCCUCCAGCAACACAAUGACACAGAAGAUGAAUGUG